GCCGGAGCGCGGCAGCCGUUCGUCGCGCACCAUCGGCGUCUCUCCAGCCUUACGGCCACGGCGCCGGCGGCGAGCUCAAGGGCGAGGGGCGGAUCACAAAUUCACAAUGGAGCUGUUCGAGCGCGCCAAGACGGUGCGGCUGCGGAGCUACCACGACAAGUACAUGUACGCGGACGAGGACGAAUCCCACGUCCAGCAGGGCCGCAACGCCUCUUCCCCGAACGCCCGCUGGACGGUGGAGCCCGUGCCGCACGCCCCCGGCGUCAUCCGCCUCCGCAGCCGGUACGGCCGCUACCUCACCGCCUCCAACGAGCCUUUCCUCCUCGGCGUCACCGGCCGCAAGGUGCUCCAGACGCUGCCCCACCGCCUCGACUCCUCCGUCGAGUGGGUGCCCCAGCGCGACGACGCCAACGGCGGCGGCGGCGCCCGCCUCCAGACCCGCUACGGCAACUUCCUCCGCGCCAACGGCGGCCUCCCGCCGCUCCGCAACUCCAUCACCCACGACGUGCCGCACCACCGCCACGCCGGGUGGAUCCUCUGGUCCGUCCAGAUCGUCCAGCUCCUCCCCGACCAGCCGCCGCCUGACUCCUCCGCCUCCGUUAAUUCCUCUUCUUCUCCCCCUCAGCCUUACACUUACAGACCGCCCUUCCCUUCUCCCUCCCCCGCUCCAUUGCCGACGGCGGCGCUCAGGCCGCCUGCGCCUCCGCACCACCGUACGGCGGCGACUCCGUUCGUCGCGCAGCCUCCGCCGCCGCCCCCGGGCUCCUUAGCACCCCCGGCCAACCUCUUCAGGCUCGAGUCGGCGGACUCCUUCUCGGUGCCGCUGCACAAGGUGGAGGGCCGCAACAUCCACUACCAAAUCGGGGACAACAACGGCAACGUGGACGAGGACGACCAAGGGCGGUCCUUCACGUUCAACGGGACGUGCCUCGAGGAGCUGCUGGAGAGGCUGCAGGAGGAGACUGGGCUCAAGGACGUGAUCAUGUGCACGCGCAGCCCCAUCACACAGAAGCUCAUGCCGCUCCGCCUGCAGCUGCCGCCCAACAACAACGCCGUGCGCAUCGUGCUCGUGCGGGAGUCAUCCAGAGUGGCAAAAUCUUUCCUGUGAGCUUUACGGUCCACAAAAUCUGAAGAUGGUGGCGGCAGCAGCUCGAGUAAAAUGCAAUGAACCAGGAUUAGAUUGGAAAUAUUAAUCAGGAUUGUGCAUGUGUUGUGUAUAUUAUAGUUUUUGUUUCUGCUGGCCACCAUAAUUCACUCUUAUUUUUCCAUUUACAGAGAUUCCUGUCUUCCAAGUUUUUGGUUUAUUUGUGCAUGUUGACCAUUUCAAUCUCAAAAACCAUAAAAAUCUUUGCAGUGGAA